UUCCGGAGAGCAGCACUCACGUAUUACAGUAUAGGAACGUGGUGACGAACAUUUACUCACAGCUGCAGAGGAAGGCAUGCAUUGUUGAACUCGCUUCUGACAUAAACUAGGGGUUUGACACUUUGCAUGCUGGUGCUCAGUUUUGUCAACUACGCGUUCCCCAAAACGCUGAACAAUACGUUUGUGUGCGUGAAUAUUAGGUCUUUCUUAUUUGACGACCGUGUCCAGAAAAGCCGUUCCGAUGUUGUCUCGUGAUUCACCUGAGAUUCAGUCAAGUCUCAGACUUUGGUCGCGUCUAGACCCCUGGGGAAGAUCCAUGGAGGAGGAGGAGAACCCUUUGGAGAGGGAGCAUGCUCUAGCAGUGGUUCUACCAGGAGGCCUGGAGAAAAUGGCCACGGUACAUGGGAGUAAACCUGUGAUGGACUUACUGGUCACACUCUGUGCCCAGUACCACCUGAAUCCAUCUGACUUCACCAUGGAAAUCCAGUCGGCCAAUAGAAACGACAUCUCCUUCAAACCCAGCACUCUGAUUGGAGCCAUGGAGCCUCACAGGAUCCUACUGAAACCUAAAGGGGGAGAGGAGAAGAUGAUAAAGAGGCCGUACGUGCCAGAGGUCACCGUACGUCUGCUGAUCAACUACAAGAAGAACCAUAAGGCCGUUGUGAGGGUGAACCCUAGAGUCCCUCUGGAGCAGCUCCUGCCUGCGGUGUGUGAGAAGUGUGAGUUUGACCUGGAGUCCACCAUUUUGCUGAGCGCCAACGACUCUGAAGGACCUUUAAACCUCAGCAGGUCCCUCGAUGACUAUGGACUAAGGGAACUAUACGCCAAGGACAUGGCAGAAGCACCUGUAGAAACACCCCCCCUACCAAGUAAAGAGCAGAAACAGAAGGAGAAAGAGAACAGGGGAUUGUUCGGCUUAUUCAGGAGAAUUAAGAAGAAACCAGAAAAGGGUCUCUCAGUGAGUGCCCCGGCCUCGCGUGGUCUGAAAAACCUGCGGGUGGCCAGCAUCAGCAUGAACUCCCUGGGUAUACACUCCUCCAACACCCUGCCCAUGGACAACACCAUGGUCAAGAAAAGACGGGCACCCAUGCCCCCCAUGGCAGGCUCCCAAAGUGUCCCUGCUAACCUCAACGUCCAGCCGUUGACCUCUAGGAAGAAGAGGAGAGCCCCCCCGCCACCCCCCUGUGCCUCCCCACCACCAUCCUCCUGGGUUAACACCCACAAAGGAGCACCCCAGGACACUGAGAUCAAAGGGAAGGGAGUAUCACUUUACACACUGGAGGAGAUGGGAGAGUGUGAGGAGGACCUGGACUCCACAUCCUCAUCCCCAAACAUCUCCAGCCCUUUGAGUCAGCCCCAAGUGCCCCCCACUCCCCCUUCUACCCCAUCCACUACCUCUUGUCCCUCUAGCACCUUUCCACCUUCCGAUCCCUACCAUCCCUCUCCUCUCUGCCCUCCCUCCCCUCCCACCCUAGGGGAGACACUAACCCCUUUCCUGCUUUGUCAAACCAGGGCCAACCUCAAGCAUCCUUCGUUCCCAACCCUAAGACCCGUCAACUCCACCAAUGGAGGCUCCCCUGUGUCCUUGACACAGUUGGGUGGAAGUAAGGGAUUCAGUCCCCUCUCUUUACUCCAACUCAAGACCAAGGCCCCUGGUGAGGCUUGGAGGAGUCCCGGUCUGAGGGAGGGGUUGACCACCUUCACCGUGGUGCCCCGAGGGCAGUCACUGGUAGGGCAGAGGGGCUUGGAGGCGGACCUGACCCUGGCGAAGACCCAGGCCUUAGACCCAGCACAAACCAUUGAUGAACCCUCUAAUGGUGUUGCUGAGCCUGGGUUGGAGCACCACCGGACAAUGAAGAAGACACCUGUAUUGCUGGAGAGGUCAGUGGUUGAGGGAUCCACCCCAGAGCCUGAUAUGGAUUCUAAACCUUCUCCUCCAGGGUUUCCAGAAGGUUCUACUGACUGGGUCAUCAGUCCUCCAACCAUGUCUAGUCCUUGCGAGCUUUACCAGACCGCACCAAAUUCACCAGUGGUAGUCAAGCAGGAGAGUUCAGAGGUUGAGGCCCAGGAGGAGUCCGAAUCACCCACAGACAGUCUAGAUUCAGAACUACAGAAAAGUCUAGAGGUAGAAGUCCCAGAGGAGUCCGAUUCACUCUCAGAGAUACCCAACCCAUACGCAGCUGACCUGUUGGCCCACACCAAUGGAAUACCUGGAGAUGAGGUGACCUCAACUCCUGAACUACUAGAGAGCAGAGGAUCGUUCCGGAAGCUCAGUCUGGUGAUGGAGGCCGAAGAGGACCGUUUCUGUUUCCCUCCACCCCCUCCCCCUGUGUGCUAUGAUAAGGAGGUGGAAGAGACUGAGCCAACCCAGUUACGAUUGAGGCCUCCUGGGGGAAGAAAUCACCGCCCGCCCUCUUAUCCUCCCUCUUCUCUUCCUACGCUGAGUCGUACCUUCUGUGAACCAGCAGAGGGAGACAAUCAGACUAACGCCCCUUCACCCAAACCAUACGUGCCUGCAGCCAAAGCCCUGGCCAGGAAAACCGGCAUCCCCUCCUGCUUUGCCCAGGCUGUGGCUCUAGCCGUCCGUAAGUCUCAGUCCUCCCGAAGGCCAGCACCAGACUUGCUUCCCCCCUGUUCCUCCCAUUCCGGUUCCUCACCCUCCUCUGCCUUACCGCUAACCAAUGUGGUGAGUGAUGAUUUUGACCUGCGUUGACACGGUGAUGACAUGCUGGCAAAAUUUGUCAUUGUAGAAACUGGAUUGGACCAACAACUGAACCAUUGGUUACCCCUAUCAUACUACGAUGUGGUUGCUUCUAUACAUAAAGUUGCCAUUCUUAACUUUCAUGAUCUCUCUCUGUAAACCUCACAUGUUCCACAGGUGAACUCUUUACAUAAGUAGAGCCUGGUGGGAGUGGAAUGGAAUGGGGUCAAACAUGGUUUCCAUGUGUUUGAUUUAAUUCCUCCUCCUAUAGGUCAUAUCACCAGCCUCCACUGCUUUACACAGGAAAGAAGGGAAGGGCAUAUCUUUGUGUGUGUACAUUUUACAGUGGGGAUUUUUUUUCUCUCUGGAAAGACGUCAUUUGUUACAUUGAAUGGCGACCUACGCCUUUCUAAACAGUCCUGCCAGGCUGGUAUUCUUCUGAGACACCUUGGUGUUUGUCUGUUAUCUUUGUGGUAUAUGGCCCUGUGGAAUACCUCUGUGGACACGAUCACACUCUGUGUGACCUGGUGGAGGAAGGACUUCAUCUAAACUGGUGAUAUUUCUGUCUCUUGUCCCACAGGGGCCAUAAUGGCUUCUUAGUAAAUCUGUGAAUGGAAGUUCCUGUUUAGAGUGAGGCGACUGCAGUGAAGUAGAGCCGGCCACCACAUAGUCACAUGACCUCCAAGUGGACCCCGCUUAGAGGAGUCCAGGCCCCUUGUUUUGCACGGGGAGUCAGCACGUUAUAGAAACAACGUUUAUCCAAGACUUCAUCCAAGAGUUUGGUUAGUGUACAGGUAAUUUUAUGUUCACUGAAUGUUUUUUUUUGUUUCAUGCUACCUGUAUUAACUGGAGGCAGUGCUGCCUUAUGUUAUUAAGAUGUUUGACUUACGUGACGAUGCAUUUCUUAUUUGACCUUGGUAGUACAGUAUUUAUGGGAUCUACAUUUUUGUACAUGGAGUUUCCUGUUGGCUCAUUUGUGUUGAAAUGUGCCAAAACCGAGAUUAAAUCAUAUGUAAUCUCUCAUUUUAUUUAUAAUUAUUUAAUUUUUUAUGUCAAGGACAGAGCUCUGAAAUAAGACGACUUAAAAUGUUACAUUUCCUUCCACGUAUCACACCUUUCUGAGUGAAUCAUUUUUUUUAUAAAUCCAUUUUUUUCGCAGACAUAUCAUGACUAUAUAAUAUAAAAAAUGAUCAACCAUAAUCAACUAAAAUGUGUUGCUUUUUUUUGCCACUGGAGAGCAGGAGCACACUUCACAAAUAAGUAAUGUACAGAACCUCUGAGUGAGCUGUUUUGUGAUCCACACUUGAUAAAUUAAUAGCAUUGACAUCCAGAUAUUUAAGAAGAGCAUCAAUUAUACAUGUUCUUUCUUUACUGGUUAUACUUUUUAUUUUAAAUGCAUUCGUGUGUUUCAGUUCAAGCCUUGUUUUAUUGUCCAUUAUUGAGUUAUGGUUGGUAUUUGACAAGGAUAUUCUACAGGGAGCUAUGUGUAGAACAUUGAUGGAAGAUGAUGCACAUGAUGUGAAAAUAAUGUCCUUGUUAUGCAUUCUAUGUUGGUCAGAGUGCAACACUACAGAAUAAACUGAGAAUAUAAUGCGUCAAA